AUGGCUACACAAACAUCUGCAGGUAAUCCAUCAACCAACGCCUGGCUGUAUCCACCUCAACAUUGGGCUUUAGAACCUCUCACCUUGAAUGAUACUAAAGUGAUAGCACUCGUAAACUUUGAACAAUCUGAUUAUGCUGUAUAUUUAAAUCCUCUGGACAAACGUGGAUAUCGUUCAAUUGUCCGACUGAUCAACAAUGAGCAUAUGGACUCUACAUUCAAUCGAGAUUACACCUCAUCAGAAAGAAUUGGACUUGCGUUAACGAUGGCGUUAAUUACGGAAGCUUACAAUCGUAUUGUACCUAUUGCUCAAAAUGCAGUUAUGGGUAACAAUGCUCAUUCGUUUGAUCCUAAAUCGGGCACUAUUCAACUAGGUACACAUGAAGAACCAAUUUUUCUCCAUGGUCAUAUUUUUGGACGCGGUAAUCCAGAAGAAAAAUACAUUGACGAUGUCCAAUUGGAUGGUCCUAUUCCAGGACUAGUUUUCGAUUUAAGGGCUCAAUCUCCACAUCAACCAGGCAAUGAUAGAAAAGUGAGCUGGAAACUCGACGAGAUGAAGAGCGUGAUUGCUAGAUUGAAAAUUGAAAUUGAAAAUAUCCAAGACAGUUAUAAAGCUCAUGGUCUAAGAAUAAUUAUUCAAAAUAUUUCAACUGACAUCUACAUUGUGAGACAUGGUGAAACUGAUUGGAAUACUGAGCGAAAACUUCAAGGACAUACAGAUAAUCCAUUGAAUGAGCAAGGUAAACUUCAAGCUCAACAACUUCGAGAAAAACUCAGUGAUCUUCAUUUUACAAAAGUGUAUUCAUCUGACCUGAAACGAGCAUUUUCUACUGCUGAAUUAAUUGUUGACCAGAACAAAUCAAAGAUUAUUGAGACUUCUUCUUUACUUCGAGAACGAUAUAUGGGAACAUGGGAAGGACGUUUAGCUACUGAACUCCUAGAUCAUCUAAAACAAGAUUUUAAUCUUGAUAAUCUGACACAAGAAGAAUACAUGUCUUUGAAAUGGGAUGACACUGCUGAAAGCUAUUCUGAUGUUUAUCAACGAGUACGAACUUUGAUUCGUUCCAUUGCAAAUUCUUCAUCUGUAAAUAAUGGCCCUAUUCUACUUUCAAGUCAUGGCGGUGUCAUGCGAGCUAUCCUGUAUCAUUGGAAGUUUCAACCUGAAUAUCGCUGGAAAGUAACUAACUGCGCGUUUUUGAAGUUUAAUGUGCGUGCAGAUGGUCAAAUCGUCAAUUUGACUUAUGAAGGUGUCGAAUUUGUCAAGUCCAAUGAAACUCCAUUUUCAUUUUAA